CGAAAAGCAUCGACAAAAACACAAAACCAAAAAGCAACUUCAAAAUAAAAUUCGUAGAUAUUUAAUUUUCUUUUUAAAAAUGGACUAUUAUAGCACUAUAUGUCGUCUUUGCGAAGUGUCUGAUAAAAUGGCCGAGAAGUGGACGGAUUUGUUUACCAUCGGAAGUGAGCAAACGUUGAACAAAAUAAAAGCCUGUAUAAAUAUUGAGGUUGAAAUGGAUGAUCGGCUCCCUAAGCGGAUUUGUGCAAGAUGCUGUACCAAAUUAGAUCAAGCUUACAACUUCCGGCGGCAUUGUGAGCUUACAGACGCCAAAUUGCGGCACGAAAUAAAAUUUUUGGAACAGAACAACUGGAAUCCUGAAAUUGUAAUUCCUCGGUUUGAAUGUAAUAGUUUCAAGGAAAAACCAGAAUUGCCUUCAAUUGAAAGAUCUUUUGAGAUGGCUGCACUUAUCGUAAACGAACCAAUUUUUAUAAAAGAGGAAACGAAGUAUGAAGAACUUUCCGAGCAGUCCGAAGAACCUAUUAUUGAUGCUGAAAAUGAACCGACAGUCGAAUCUGAUUUCGAAUUUGCGAACGAACCGGAGCACUCAAGCGAACCAAUUAUAGAUGCUGAAAUUGAAGCUACAGCCGAAUCUGAAUUUGAAUUGGCGAAUGAGCCGGAGAACUCAAACGAAGGAAAUGAUUCAGAAGAUUCCGAAGAAGCGGAAGAGAAAAAAAUUGGAACCAAACUGGAGAAAAAAGCUUCACAAAACGAUGACCGCACCAUUUGCAAAGUGUGUGGAGAGAAAUUCGCAAAAGCAUCUCUGAUGUACGCUCAUGCUAGAGAAGUUCACGGGAAAAAACGGUAUAAGUGCUCAGAUUGUCCGAAGAUGUUUAGUCGGCAGACACGUUUGAAGGAACAUUGGCAAGGAAUACAUAGCGGGAUCAAAGAGUUCAGUUGCGACAAAUGUGACAAGAAAUACGCAACACAAUAUGGCCUAAAAGUCCAUGAAAAAGAUGCACACAGCGACAAUUUGCCAUUCGUUUGCGACCAAUGUGGGUUAGCCUUUGCUCGUCAGAGUCGAUUACAGCUGCAUUACAGCAUUCAUGUAGAGUCGCGAAACUUUGUUUGCAAAGUUUGUCCGAAGGGCUUCAAAACAAACACACAUCUUAAGUUACAUAUGUACACUCAUCUGCCGAAGGAACAAAAGCGUAAACGUAAACCGCGAGAUAGGUCAAAAGUGUGCAUUUGUCCAUUCUGUGGUAAAGUUUCCCAUACAACUUCGACGCAUGAUAUGCACGUCCGAACUCAUACAGGAGAUCAACGGUACGAAUGCCAUAUCUGCUUUAAGCGUUUCACCUCAUCUGGCUCGCACAGCAAACAUUUACGAGUACAUUCGGGAGAGAAACCAUUCGUGUGCGAGUACUGCAACAAAGCGUUUCGACAGAAGCAUCAUAUGACAACGCAUAUUCGUGGAGUACACACAAACGAGAAACCAUACAAGUGCAAGUACUGCCCGAAGGCCUUCGCAACCCGCGGGAACAUGUCGUUACACGAGCGGAGCCAUGGAGAACCGGAACCUUCCUCGUCCGUGUCGGUGACCGGAGUUUUGAAGCAAGAAACUCCUGGAUUGCGGCACUUUCCCAGCGAAGGAAGUCCCUCGAGCUGUUCACCGAUGAUAAUCGAUAGUUCCGCACCAUCUCCGAUGAUGAACCCGGGUGUUCUUAUGAUUCCACCGAGUGAAGUCUUUUACAAUCACUAGCUUCACCGUAGAACGAAGAAAAUGUUUCAAAUCUCA